UUGUAAACACGGGAAUCAUAAAAAGAGACAGAACGAAAGGCUUAAAAAUAAGUAAAAGGCGUUGGCGAAUUUGCCAAAAUCAAAACGGAGUGCUGGCAUUCCGUUUGAUUGCCACCAACAAGCAUCUAGAAGAAAGAAGAAGGUCCUCAUUAAAUUUACAAGUCCAUCUCAUUAACGCCCUUCAAAAGAAAGCUGAGAAAUUAUUUAAUUGCGAAAUGUCUUCUGCUGGUGGCACUUUAAUGUUGCGAUUCCUACGACGUCUUCAGGAAAGACAUUCGUUUGCACCUAGAUUGUUGACUAACAAUGUCCGUUGCCUGCAUACGGAGCAAGGUGAUAAACAAACCAUGCAAGAUGUGAAGGAUAAGCUGGUUGAGCACAUGGGCGGCGUCCAAGGGUACAAACCGUUGCAGAUGCAGCGAUCACACCUGCUGGAGCUGCUACCAUCGAGUCAGGCCGAGCUGCCGCCGAGGGCUCCGAGUGACUCGUUCGACUUUGCCGUCAUCCCGUUGAGCAGUUCUCCGGCGCUACAGGAAAAGUACAUAACAUUCCUUGGGCACGUUCGAACUGGCCGAUUGAUGGAGGACAUGGACUUGUUUGCUGUUUGGGUUGCUCACAAGCACAUAAAGAAUCCUCGCCAGAAGGAAGGAAUGCCGACUCCCUAUGUUUUGGUCACUGUUCUGGUCGAUCAGAUCAACUUCGAGGAUAUCGUUCCGAAACCUGAUUGUGAUAUCCGUCUGUCCGGACAUGUGUCCUGGGUCGGACGAUCGUCGAUCGAAAUUACAGUCUGGCUCGAACAGGAGCUCAAUGGAAGUUGGCAGCGUUUGACCAGGGCUGUUUUUCUCAUGGCAGCUCGUGAUCCGACAGGACAUGGCCCGGCCAUUGUCAACGCUCUUGUUCCAGAAACGCCCGAGGAAAAGGAGCGAUUCAACAAAGGAGAAUUGAAUAAGAAGAGGAGGACUGCUGUGCAGAAAGCAUCACUUUUGAAAACAGGGCCUACUACCGAGGAGCAGGGAAUCAUCCACGAGCUUUUUUUGCAGACAGUUGACCCUAAAGACACAACAUUUCACAAACGAAUCUUGCCUCCGCACACCAUGUGGAUGGAGGACGCCAAUCUUAGCAAUAUAGUUUUCUGCCAUCCUGAAGACAGGAAUUUGCACAAUAAAGUCUUCGGUGGUUUUCUCAUGAGGCAGGCUUUGGAGCUAUCGUGGGCGUCUGGAUAUUUGUAUAGCAAGUUCAGGCCUAAGCUUUGCCACAUUAGUGACAUAGGUUUCCACAAGCCUGUCGACGUUGGCUCGUUAUUGAGGCUCAAAGCGUGUGUUAAUUACACCGAAUCAAACUACAUGCAGAUUGUGUGCCAUGCUGAAGUGUUUGACCCCAGGACCGGGCAGCACAACACCACCAACCAGUUCCAUUACACGUACGAAACCCCCGAUCAAGUCCCUAAGCUCUACCCAAAGACUUAUGAUGAGGCCAUGAUGUACUUAGAUGGACGACGUCAUUUCCAGCAUGUGAUGGGUCUGUCUGGAAAGUAGAUCUAAAAAUAAUGAGCUACGUUUGCUCGAAUUGUUAAGAUGUUUGAAAUUUUCAAUGUUAUUAUCCCAGUAUUCUCCGUCGUCUGUUUAACCUCACAUUUUAUGACAUCUUAUCGGAGUUGUCAAAAAAACUAACCAGAUAUUAUUAUAUUAAAUGUUGCUAUUUAAAAUUUUACUUUUAGAGACGAGCUCUCUAUGUUCUAACUUGUUUGCUGUGAAUGUUAUGGAAUUGGCAUUUGCAAAAUGAAGUUUGUUGCUUAUCUUAAGAGGCAAAUCAACUUUAAAAUCCCAUGAAUA